UGGCAGUGAAUUUCGGAACGCAGCCAUUUUAACCUUCGUUUACACCCAAGCAAUUGUGUGUGAUAGUCGAUACUUUAUUGUCAAGACGUAUUACAUUUCAGAAGAGAUGUCAAUCUAAAGAAGAAAAAAGCAUAAGCCUUACAAUCGAUUAGUAUAUUUAGACAUAUUUCUCUCAAUAGAACAGGAUAGAGAUUCGAGAGAUAUAAUGGCGCGGGAGAUAUUGACUAUUCAAUUGGGACAUUAUGCCAAUUUUAUUGGUACACACUGGUGGAAUCUACAGACCUCUAAUUUCACAUACGAUCCAAAAGAUCUGGCUGAAAUAAAUCACGAUGUGCUGUACAGAGAAGGUGAAAAUCUACAGUUGCAUUUCACAGAAACAAGUUACAUUUACACCGAGACUUUUAAUAGCAGAUUUAAAAGGAGGAAUAGGCUCUAUAUAUGAACAAGGUAUCUUAUAUGAUACAAAACCUACAAGCAUAGCAUCCACCUCGAAUGAUCAACUAUGGGAUGUUGGGAAAUUGGAAAUUGCCAAUACUGAACUACCUAAUCCAGAGAUACCGUCCAUAGAGGCAUCGAAUGAACCAGAUGAAGCUAAAGAUUCAAUUUCAACUAAUGUUGAAAAUGAUAUGAAAUCAUGGGCUGAUUAUCUUUUACCUGUAUUUCAUCCAAGAUCAUUAACAGUUAUCAAAGAGUAUUCACAUAAUUGUAUAAACAGACCAUUUGAUAUAUUUACAUAUGGUCGCAAUUUAUGGACUACAGAGUUCUGUGAUGACUUUUCUGACAAGAUAAGAUCCUAUAUAGAAGAAUGCGAUUUGAUGCAAGGAUUUCAGGUACUUGUGGAUUCUACCGACGGCUUUGCUGGUCUUGGAGCCGCCUGUAUUCAACAUUUACGUGACGAGUACGGAAAGAGUAUCUUGACAUUUCCAUGUAUAGACUUCAAUAAUGCUGAACCGAGUGCGUCCGAUUUAAUCAAAGUUGUCAAUACGGCGUUGUGCUGGCAGCACAUUGGAGAGCACUCGUCACUCUACAGUCCACUCUCUUGUGGACAAGUCGGUUGGCCAUUUGCAGCUGAUCCACGUAAACUCGAUAAUAUAACGUACAAGGCGGAAUUGAAAUAUCAUAGUAGCGCGAUAUUAGCGACCGCCUUGGAUACGUUGACUUUGAGGUACAGAACCAAGAGAUAUCCGAAUGUCAGUUUAUCCGACUUGUGCGCUGAUUUGAAUAAAUUGGGUCGCAAAGCUGCAGCCAUUAGUUUGAGCCUGCCAUUUCCAAUGAAGAUAAAGACGGACCUGAUAGAUGUGCUGGAUGAAUUCGAGGGACAACUAUGGACAAGCCUGACCCCGAGCUGCGAUAUACCUAUGGACAAUAAUAUGCAGAGUAUAGUGUUGCGAGGGAUUUCCCAAGACAGAAUGAAGCGACCUAUUCAACAAGCCAACAAGCAAAUAUCCAAGCCUGCGUACCGAUGCUCUAGUGUGCACGAGAUGAUGACGCUCUAUCUGGCGUGUACGUGUCACGCGUCGGCCACUUAUUUCUCCGACGUCGAGGCACCGCUCAAAAUCGUUGAUCCAUACCCGAAAAUUUUCAAUAAUAAUGUAACCGAGGAUGGCAGCAUUGCCGGCUGGCCCGUAGGAACUGAUGUAAAGUCGGUUGCGGUGAUGGCUGGAAUGCACAGCAACGGCAGCAUCGCGGCAAUGUACGAGACACUGCUCAAACAAACCAAGAGAAUAAGAAGUAUUAAGAAAUUCCAUGCCUUCAUGGAUUCUGGACUCGACGAAGACGAAUUCGUGGAGUGCGUUCACAAUCUGCAAGAUUGCAAAGAGGAGUACGAGGAUCACUACAUCUGAGGGACUAAGAUAGUAUUGUAACUUGCGAUUGCAUUUGCAAUUUUUAUUUUCUUUACAAUAAAACCAUUACGUACUUAUUUAAAGCAAUUAAUAUGCUGCAAUUUGACAAGUUUGAUUGCAUUAUGAUUGUCAAUAAAAUAUUCGCGCGUCAACGUUCAGAAGUAAUGCUCGUUGUCGCGUGUCAACGAAA